GCUGUUCAUUAAGAUGAGCAGCGCCAGCAAUGGCGGACCUUGGGUUACGGGAAUCCCUGUAGUUAGUGGGGGAAAUAACGUAGAGCUGCGCCUCAUCGUCGUCGGAGAUGGAGAGGCCUUUGAUUUGAAGUUCUCCUUUACCGAGUGUCUUUAGAGCUGGAUUGAAAAGGGAAAUAUAUAUUUUUCCCUUUCCCUACCCUUUACUCUCUCCCCGGGCCUUGUCCUCAUCCUCCCUCUAACCUGCUCUGUUCUCUCUCUUUCCUUGCGAGCCCUCCUCUGCUUUCUGCACCCUCUCCCUUGUUUUCCAUUCCCCUCGUUUCCCCCACCCCGGCCCACAUCGGCAGGAUGUCCGAGGACGGUGUGGACAGAGUGAUCAAGGAAUCUUCCAUAUUAGAUGAGUACGCUAUUAACUGGACUCAGAAACUAGGAGCUGGGAUCAGCGGGCCUGUACGAGUGUGCAUGAAAAAAUCAACUGGAGAACGGUUUGCACUAAAAAUUCUCCUUGACCGUCCAAAAGCAAGAAAUGAGGUUCGACAUCACCUUAUGUGUGUGGGCCACAACAACAUUGUUCAGAUUAUUGAAGUAUAUGCUAACAGUGUUCAGUUCCCCCAUGAGUCCAGUCCAAGGGCUCGGCUGCUAAUUGUAAUGGAGAUGAUGGAAGGUGGGGAGCUGUUUCACAGAAUCAGCCAACAUAAGCACUUUACAGAGAAAAUGGCUAGCCAGGUUACUAAACAGAUUGCUCUGGCUAUACAGCACUGUCACUCCUUGAACAUUGCCCAUAGAGACCUCAAACCUGAAAACCUCCUCUUCAAGGACAACUCUCUGGAUGCACCAGUUAAACUGUGCGAUUUUGGAUUUGCCAAAAUCGAUCAUGGGGAUCUGAUGACACCACAGUUCACUCCAUAUUAUGUAGCACCUCAGGUAUUAGAGGCACAGAGGAGACAUCAGAAAGAGAAAUCUGGAAUAAUACCUACCUCGCCAACUCCUUACACAUACAAUAAGAGCUGUGACCUGUGGUCGCUGGGUGUAAUUAUUUACGUGAUGCUAUGUGGAUAUCCACCGUUUUAUUCCAAACACCACAGCCGGACAAUCCCAAAGGACAUGCGAAAAAAGAUCAUGACGGGAAGUUUUGAAUUCCCAGAGGAAGAGUGGAGUCAGAUUUCCGAGAUGGCAAAGGACAUUGUGAGAAAAUUGCUGAAGGUAAAGCCAGAGGAGCGGCUCAAUAUUGAAGGGGUGCUGGAUCAUCCCUGGCUGAACUCCACAGAGGCUUUAGAUAACAUUCUCCCAUCUUCCCAAAUGAUGAUGGAUAAGGCAAUGGUUGCUGGGAUCCAGCAGGCUCAUGCAGAACAGCUGGCCAGUAUGAGAAUUCAGGAUCUGAAAGUGAGCCUUAAACCUCUAAACUCUGUUAAUAACCCAAUUCUUCGCAAGAGGAAACUGCUUGGCACGAGGCCCAAGGACAGUGUGUACAUUCAUGAUCCAGAGAAUGAGGCAGAGGAUGCCAACGUCGCUGUGGAGAAACUGCGGGAUGUCAUCGCCCAGUGUAUUUUACCGCAGGCUGGAGAGAAUGAAGAUGAAAAGCUAAAUGAGGUAAUGCAAGAAGCUUGGAAGUACAACAAAGACUGUAAAUUUCUGCGUGAUACACUGCAGAACCUCAACUGGAAUGGCCGAGGGUUCAGUGAUAAAGUCGAUCGUCUGAAACUAGCAGAAAUGGUCAAACAGGUCAUUGAAGAACAAACAAACUCGCAGGAUUCCUAACAUUAGUGUGUGCUGUUUUUACACUGUACCAGGAGUAUUCUUUGAUAAAUGUAAAAAGAAUUUUUAUUUAAAUAAA